GACCUCUGCAGAGAAGUGGUGGUUUUUCUCAAUUUUCCUGCAGGUGACCUCUUUGUUGAAGGAUUGCGGGCAGGAUUUGGAGGGCAGCUAGUUGCUUUGUUUGUCGUUGUUUAUCCAUCACUGUACAAGCCCUUGUGUUUUAACAUUUUAACUCUUAUCCUUCCUUAACCGUAUCCUUCCCACGGCUUCUCCAAGCAUUCGCGAGAGCAGUAUGAGAAGCUCUCCACCAUGCACAAGAAUAUGCAGAAGCUCUACGAGAGCCUAGGGAGCUACUUUGCCUUCGACCCCCACACCGUCAGCAUCGAGGACUUCUUCGGAGACCUGGCUAGCUUCCGCAACCUCUUCAUGGAUGCUGUGCGGGAGAACCACAAGAAGAGGGAGAUGGAGGAGAAGAUCAAGAGAGCCAAGCUGGCAAAGGAGAAAGCUGAGCGGGAGAAACUCGAGCGACAGCAGAAGAAGAAACAGCUGAUUGACAUGAACAAAGAAGGUGAUGAGAUGGGCGUGAUGGACAACCUGAUGGAGGCCUUGCAGUCUGGAGCAGCCUUCCGUGACCGCAGGAAACGAACCCCACGCAACGGUGAUCAAAGCCCUUCCUGUUCUGCACCUUGGUGGCCGGGUGCUAACCAUGACAACCGUCGCACUGGUUUGGAAAGAUCCCGUUCGCGCCACAAUGCAAACCCUAUGGUCCGAUGAUCGCUUGCCGGCUAAGGACGUUUGCCAAGUGCCAAAGACCCAAGAGUGGGGACAACACUGAGGAGGGCUGAAAAGGGAUGGAGAGAGAGCCCGCACCCACACGUACAUGCAUACAGAACGCAGAACAAACCUCAAGAUGUGUCACCGCUCCAAACACGUCAUCACAGGAUCACUUGACCCUCACUCCUCUCUGAAGCCUUAUAUACUACUUGCUCUUUGUGCAUAGGGCCUAUUCAAUUUAGCCGUGUUUGUUUGUUAUUUUCAUGAUUACACCGGUUCUGUUUAUAUCUCAGAACACCUCACAACGCUAACUCCCCUGAUCUGGCUCACGUCCACCUCGCUAUCUGCAAACA